GGCCAUAGAGAUCCCUGAUCAGCGUUCAUCGGAAACUCUGUUUUCUUCCUGCGAGGAGGAGCCCAUGCAUGAAUGUCCACUCUCGAUCGGUGGAUCGAUCGGCCCCUCUGACGUAAAUGCGGCGUCGGUCUCCCGCCGCGAGGAUAUCCCGGAAUCGCUGGUAUUGAUGAACAUCGCCGGAACUUGAAGUGGCGGACGUUUUUCAGGGUGUUUGGCCUCGGCUUGGCGAUCCACGAAGGAAGUGUUGAAGCCUUGUAUAGAGGUUACCGUCAAGUGCAGCUGGAUAGCGCGCAACCGAACUUACGAUCAGAAUGCUGUGGUACUCUGCCUACUAGGAACAUGUGCUAACUUGCGGAUGCUGUCAUCAUUGGAACGUAGCUGUAUAUUCAAGCAUGUCGUACCCUUGAUUCUGGCAGGUAGACUGGUCAUGAAGCCCUGCGCUCGAGCGCCAUGGCUCCUCGCGUGCCUCCACCAAAUGAGGAAUAUCGAGCUCUUGUGGACAAAGCAUAUGACAAGUUUGCAAGGCUACGAGAAUUCCCUGCUUACGGUCGCAACAAAUGGGAUUUCUACUUUCACAAAACUUUCCAGGUCUACUCGAAGCUUUGGAAGUUUCAACAAGAGAAUCGGGCGAAGUUGGUGGAGAUGGGGCUGAAACGUUGGGAAAUUGGAGAAAUUGCAUCUCGAAUAGGACAGUUGUACUACAACUACUAUCUUCGCACCAGUGACUCCAAAUUCCUAACAGAAUCGUUCAUAUUCUACGAAGCCAUUUUCAGCCGAGAAUACUUUAAAGAGUAUGACAAAGAUGUUGCGGUGGCUAACAAACAACUUCGAUACACUGCUCGCUUUAUCGUCAUUUGUCUUCUACUCAACCGCAAGGAGACUGUUCAACUUCUUGUGCGCCAAUUUCGGUCACUUGUGGAUGAAUACACUCGCACUUUUAAUGAGCUGGGGACAUCCUAUCAGGGUGCAGAUGCCAAGGAUUGGAAGGUAGUCGUUCAGGAGAUUCUCCGGUUUAUGAGAGCGGAUUCUGCCUGUGACACAAGCAGGCCUUUAAGAUAUUGUCUUGUCUAUGAUCCCCAUCCGUCCACAUUUUCUCAGUUCCAGAAAAUUGAAGUAAAGAAGCCUUUGCACCUGGAGGAUGCAAUUCUUGCAAGUUAUUAUCAUAACGAGAUUAAAUUCAGUGAGUUAACGCUGGAUACAUUCAGAAUGCUACAAGCUAUUGAAUGGGAGCCAAGUGGACUGCUGUUUAAAAUGCGUACUGAUUCAUCCAUGGGUUCUGGCGGAAUUGGAGUGUCGGAUGAGAUCCCUGACCCUAGUUUGCCACCAAACCCUCACAAAUACAUUCUUUACCGACCUACAGUACCAGAUUUGCUUCUGGUUUUGGCAACAGCUUGUGACGAGCUUUCUUCUGAUGGGAUUGUCCUUCUUUAUAUUUCGGCCUCUGGAAGGUCCGGUCGUAGUCUGUCGACUAGCUUGUCUUCUCAAAAUUUGGGAGGAGCUCUUCAAUCUUCGAAGAAGCGAGUCGUUUCUCUGACUCCUACUUUGAAUUUGAGGAAUAUAAACAUAAAUGUUGCACAGACUGGAAUAAUUGAUUAUACUGAGAUGGCAAAGAUGGAUAAUUCCGACGAAAACUCACCGACCACAUCUCCUGGUAUGAAGGAUGCACCAGCGACACAUUCAUCACCAGAGCAACCAGGAAGCGGAACUUCUGGGUUAUGGCUUGGAUCCAAGAGAAGUUCAGGUCUCAACCUUCUUUAUCCAAGUGACAUCCUCCCGUUCACACGUCGACCUCUGUUUAUCAUAGUAGACAGCGACAGUAGCUUCAUAUUUGAGUCUAUUAGUGGAGAAGAAAGAGGAGAACAAGCAAUACUACUGCUUUCUCCUAGCAUGCAGCCUUGGGAAGAUAAAGGUUUAUCCUCGACGUCUUCUUCGUCGUCAUCUAACCGAAGCGGCAAUAUUUUUACUUUCUUUCUAACUGCUCCACUCCUUGCAUUCUGCCAAGUUUUCGGGACUUCUGGCAAGAACAUGCCAAAGGGAAAUUAUGAGCAGACCGAAAAGCUUCUUGCCACACUGAUUGCAGAAUGGGGCAACGCCUUGGACUCGAUGCGUCUUGAUCCUGUUUGGGCCAGGGUACUGGGAGAUCCAUUUCUGCGUCAAUUAACUUGCAGGUUCAUAUUCUGCCGCGCAGUGUUUGGUCUCCAUUCAAAGUACCGAGACAAGCCUGAAUACUUGCCUCGUUGCAAUCCGCCUCUACCAGAUGAGCUCCUUCCGACGUCCAAAGUGGUGGAGAUGGUGGUGUAUCUGUUAGCAACUAGGUUUGGGGUUUCUGAUCAAUUCGACUCCAGACCAAGCACCGCCAAAAAAGCUGAUGGUUUGAAUGGAUCAUUCAAAGAUGAGACUACAACUGGUGAAGACUUUUCUGCAGGUGAGGCGAGCGAGGAAGAACCUUCUGACGACAGUGAGUUGUACAGGCACUGGUUAGCGUCAUCUGAAGCUUUGGGUACCAUGACAAGGAAUCGCAAAUACUGGACCUGAACUUGAGAAGUUCCGCGUAGAGUAUUCCAGAGGUUUGAAACUUUAAUAGUAGACAAGUUCUGUCCACUCGACGAAUCUUUCUUCGAACUGGAUAUUCUCAUAUAUUAUGCAAACUUAUUGUGGACUUUUUUUUCCCUCAAAUGACAGUGAUCGCGGUUACUGGCACAUGUUCGUGACAAUGAAGUUAUAAAAUCAAUUCAUAAUCCUAUUUGUACUCUAGGUCAGCAGAUCAUAUUUAGACCAAUCAAAUUGGAGAUUGACCUGGCAAGGAGCAGACUUUCUAAAAAUGCUGAGUCUAUGGGUCAACCCAAUCAUUUUGGUGUUGGUGGCAUCGUGUGCUCCGUUUUCAGAAAGAAAUUCAAACAAAGUGGAUGAAGAGGAAUCUUCUCCAAACAUUGGUGAUGGCCAUGGCAAUUCAAAACACUCAAAAGUGUUGAUACUAAUAUUCCCCUUGUUCCAUGAUAUCAUUUGUUUUGAUUGUUGCCUUAUGCACUGGAACCUAUAGGGGACAGGCUAUGGAAUUCGUAAUGUUAUUGUCAGAUGUUUAAGGAGCUUUGGGUGAAUCGACUUCCAAGUUGCGGGAAAGUGGAAACUCUAGAACAGCAGAGAUUAAUAUUUGCAAAUUAAUCUUGAAUGUCUUUAAAAGUAAUAAAAUGAUGGUUGCAUAAAAUAUGAAUGGCGCUUCUAGGUUCAA